AUGUCUGAAGGGUUUCCGAAACUCAGUGAUGAGUUAAGUAACAGAGAGCAGGCGCUGGUUAUCGUUGAAACAUUUUUCUAUUCCCUGAUAAUUUUGGUUUCAAUAAUUGGUAAUUACUCUGUGCUUCAGGCAAUUUACAGAAAUUCUCAGCUUCGAACGAUUCCUAACUACUUCAUUGCAGCCUUGGCAUUGUCUGAUAUUCUUCUUCCACUUGUAACGUCCCCGCAAACCAUUGCAGUGAUAGCGGUUGGACGCUGGCCAUUUAACCACAACGUCUGUCAAGCUCAGGGAUAUUUUGUGAUCGUAUUUGCCUGUACAUCUUUGCUCAUCCUUACACUGACAGCCAUAAAUCGAUUUUAUCGAAUAGUACGAACGAAACAUUACCGACGUAUUUUCACCAAGGGGAAGACCGUAACCAUGAUAGGACUUUGUUUCAUUUUGGCUUGCUUGGAGCCAAUUCCUUACUUCUCUUUCGAAAAACGCUAUGUGUUUCAGCCCGGAAAGAUGUUUUGUUUUCAGACGACGGAAAUAACCGUUCCAAAUUUACUCGUUUAUCUUUAUGUCGGAGUACCGGUAGUAACUCUUAGCUACUUUUGUGUUUUUAAAAAACUGCGACUCCAUCGCCAAACUGUUCAAAACAAUAUUCAAUCGGCUUCUUUGUCCACGAUGGCUACUCAGAGGGAUAUCAAAAUUACCAAGAUCCUUUUUAUCACAGUUAUAGCUUUCUUGGCUUGUUGGACACCAAUCCUUAUCAUAGAUUUUGUCGACACAUUUCAAGGUGACGUGGCUUUUCCCAGGGAGAUAUAUGUUUUGUAUCUCUAUCUGGGAAAUCUUUCUGGGGCAAUCAACCCAGUUAUAUACGGAGUAUUGAAUAAAAACUUCCGGGAGGAAUAUAUCAAGCUUUUUUCCUGCGCAAAAAGACGACGUAGAAGAAUUAAGAGCAUUCAAGAA